AGCGCUUUGGCUCCCGGGGAACCUUAGCGCUUGUCUGGGAGCCUCCCUGCUGCUAUCCUUGUUCCUCGCGGGAGGCGGUUUGGCGGCCGCGGUUCUCCUUCUCGGGUUUGCUCCUUCGUCCCGGUGUCGGCGUGGAGCAGCCUUUCUGGGGCUGUCUGGACACCUCGGUGAAGUACAGCGGGUUUCGAGUAGGUUUCCAGUCCGCAAGCCUUGCUUGCUCCUGGAGCUGCGGCACUUCGUCUCACCCAAGGGCAUGGAUGAAAAUGAAAACAGCCAGUCUCCAACAACAAGCUACCAAUAUCCUAAAGAAACAGUAAGAAAGCGCCAAAAUUCAGUACAGAAUUCAGAAGGAAGUAUGUCUUCUAGGUUUUCCAGGAAAAGCUUCAAACUGGAUUACAGACUAGAGGAAGAUGUAACUAAAUCGAAGAAAGGAAAAGAUGGGAGAUUUGUUAACCCAUGGCCAACAUGGAAAAACAUCUCUAUCCCAAAUAUUCUUAGAUGGGUGAUAAUGGAGAAAAAUCAUAGCAGUGUUCCAGGUUCCAAAGAGGAACUUGACAAAGAACUCCCAGUGCUGAAGCCGUACUUUGUCAGUCACCCCGAAGAAGCUGGAGUGAGAGAGGCUGGCUUGAGAGUCACGUGGCUGGGACACGCAACGCUGAUGGUGGAGAUGGAUGAGCUCAUCUUCCUCACAGAUCCCAUGUUCAGCUCCCGAGCUUCGCCCUCGCAGUACAUGGGUCCAAAGCGGUUCCGCCGUCCGCCGUGUACGAUAGGCGAACUCCCCCGAAUAGACGCCGUCGUGAUCAGCCACAACCACUAUGACCACCUGGACCACAGCACUGUCCUCGCCUUGAACGAGCGGUUUGGCAGUGAGCUGAGGUGGUUUGUGCCUCUGGGCCUUCUCGACUGGAUGCAGAAAUGCGGCUGUGAUAAUGUGAUUGAGCUUGACUGGUGGGAGGAGAAUUGCGUCCCCGGCCACGACAAGGUCACCUUUGUCUUAACGCCUUCCCAGCACUGGUGUAAAAGGACCCUCAUGGAUGACAACAAGGUUCUGUGGGGCAGCUGGUCUGUGUUAGGGCCUUGGAAUCGGUUCUUCUUUGCCGGGGAUACUGGCUACUGCCCUGCUUUUGAAGAGAUAGGAAAAAGGUUUGGUCCUUUUGACCUUGCAGCGAUUCCCAUUGGAGCUUAUGCACCAAGGUGGUUUAUGAAAUACCAGCAUGCCGACCCAGAAGAUGCCGUAAGGAUUCACAUUGAUGUCCAAGCGAAGAGAUCUGUGGCAGUUCACUGGGGAACUUUUGCCUUAGCUAACGAGCAUUACUUAGAGCCCCCGGUGAAACUGCAUGAAGCUCUAGAGCGGUACGGACUUAAAAGUGAAGAUUUCUUUGUCCUGAAGCACGGAGAAUCAAGAUACUUGAAUACUGAUGAGAAAGCUUCUGAAGAAAAAUGAAAAUAGGAAUUUUCACUGAAAAGACUUAAGAAAUUCGUCAUGACAUUUUUCACAUGGACACAACUGCAGCAAGUGUGUGUUUUGCUUAAUAUUAUAACUUGCCAACUGAUAAGACUCACUUAUAUAAACUGGGGGUAUAGGGGUGGGUUAUUUAAGGAACUGUCCAAUAUAGACUUACAAAACAUACCAAUGAUCUAAACAUUGCAAAAUAUUAUUUUUUAUCAAAGCAAUACAUUGUGGUGGUAGUACAAUGUUAUGAAAAAAUGACAUUAAAGUUCCAUUUCUUUUUUUUUGAUACUCAAAGCUUUUGACAAAGAAGAGACAAGCUUACCCCACCUAGAUUUUACACACACACACACCUUUCUUACAUUCAUAUAAUGAUAAACUUGACUUCCACAUGCUAAUUAAAUGUAUCAGUUCUUUGUCAAGAUUAGCUGCUGGUCAUGGUGAUGCAUGACUACAGUUCAACACUCCAAAGGAUAAGUCAGACAGUCCACAAGUUCAAGGCCAACCAGAGCUACAAGUGAGAGCCUGGUUCAAGAGAAAACACGAGCUUACGUGCCAAAUGUUAAGUGAUCUGUCUUGUGAGGCUUAAGAAUGUAGGAGUUUGGGCUACACUAUCAUUUUUAAAAUAACUUUUGUCAUAUAUACACUGCAUAAUUACAUCUCCACAGCGCAUUCUCCAAGUUAAAAGCUGAUGCGCAGAGAAGGGUAGAGUGUGGCUGUGAGACUUAGGAGAGGUUCUUCGUUUCAAGGGCCGACAUCCUGCCAAGCAAGCACAACUUCAACUACAGUGAGGCCUGUCACAAAGGAGAGAAUGUAGAUCCUUAAUGUGAAGACAUAGUACACUUGCAGCUUUUAUUCUCUUUACUUUCCACUUUCUAUACACUUUCUUCCCGUUCUCUCAGCUCUAACCUGAACUGUAUCACUAAGAUUUAUAAGAAUGUUUUACAUGACUCGGAUGUGGCAUAUAUUUUUAUAUUAAAUGACCUAUAAGCACAACUGUUCCCCUUAGUAAGCCACUGUGAAAUCCCAGUGGUUUUUUUUUAAGGUUGUGUGUGUCUGCUGACUAGAGUCUUUGUCCCAGUAUGCCUCUGCAUUCACGGGUUUGUCGUGAGCCUUCAGGAAGCGGGCUGCCUGGGCGGUAGUGACGCCAUCAUAGACCAACGGCACAAAACACAGUAGGUUUCCCAUAUACAUACAUAUUAAGGUAUACAGCUCUUGAGUAUUAGAUAGGAAUACUCAAUAAUUUUAUGCAUUUGCAUGCGUACAUGCAUGUCACCUCGGCCUCUCCUCGGACCUGCAUUCAUCCCGUCAUGAUCACCCCAAAACAAGUGACUCGUGUUUGGACCCACUAUCAUCAUGUCCAAGAGGACAACGUCAACCUACCUCCAAAGGCCAAGAAUAACAGAUUUUUUAAAAAAGCACUUUAGGAACCUAAGGGAGAAAACCCCAAGAUGUCACUGUCUGACGCAGACAGGCACAGCAGACACUGAACAUCCAUGUUCCUGUUGCAGAUACUGGUGUAACCCCCUCACCCCACUUAAUGUGGCUUUAGAGGCAAAGAGCCAAUGUAAGCGAUUGUCAGAACUUAGUAUUUUUAUAUAAAAUGGUCUUGUCAGUCUAGGGGAACUGUGUGUUGUCCUACUGUGUACACAGUGAACGGGACUCGAGGCACUGAUGUAAAACCAGCUUCCCCCUGCAUGCGGAUGUGACUGCCCACAGGGGGGCACGGUUCCAGCCUUGGGGCACACUGCUCCACCCGGCACCCUGGCAGUCACCUUGUUACUGCACGUCACGCUGAGAAUUCCCUACUGAAGAAGCAAGCGCUGUGCCUUGCUUAAGGAUUUCUCCGUGAAUGGCCUUGACGUUGCUUUUGUACCCCCCGCCCCCCCACUGAGGCUCUCUGGGUGCUCUGUGUUCACGUCCGUUGAUUGAACUGGGCCUGCCUCGUUUUCUAGGUUUCCUCAUGAAUUCUGUUUGUUUCGGUUUACACAGAAGCUCUGUUCGUUAUGACGUACAUCAGAUAUCUCCUGAACACAACCACCCUAUUGGAUGGUCUUCACUUUAUUUUUCUAAUCCACAUUUCAAAGGAUGUAUGCGUAAAGUGAGAUUAAAUUUUGAAAAAUCUAUUUUCCUUCGUUAGCCUGAUAUACAUUGUAAAUACUGUCUAAUGGAUCUUCUAAAUAAAAUAUUAUGAAAGUA